CAGACUCACACUUUCACCUUCAAACAGUUCAUUAAUGCUCGUCACGAAUAUAAUGAGCAGUUCAGAGAGGGAGAUUUAGUUCUUUUCGGUGGGAAGUUUACGCUAGAUGAAAAAAAUUAAUGGUCAGUAACAUUGCAUUUUUUGUAGCUAAAACAACCAUAAAAAUUAAAAAAAAUACUUAUUUUUUUGCGUGUGGGUAGCUUGUCGUCGAGAUGGUUUGUGUAAUGGAUCCGAAAGUAGGGCCAAACGGUGAAAAUCUGAAGUGGGAACCGACGCAAAUUCCUUCAACGAAGCUAUUUGUAAAUAUCUCAACGUCUGCAGAAGAGCCCUUAACUUCUUACGAGGAUAUGAAUUUUGUUAAGACCCGUUCGUUAAUCUAUUCUCCAUUUCACCAAACCGCUUGCUAUAUUAAUUUCGAGGUAGGUUACUCAAAAGACGCAAGAUGGUUAGAUUCUCUCAAUGACAAGUGGAGUGAUUACGCCAAUUUUUUUGUUGUCGGCUUUCUCGAAGCUAUCUAUUCAACAAAUGAUAGGACAUAUGCCCAAAUUGACGCCAAGCUAAUUGAUUACAAUGUAAGGUUUCGCCACCCGAAUUACCAAACUUCUAUAACAACAACUCCAAGGAAACAAGUUAAUACAUUUGCACUGAAAAGAAAUGAAUCAACUUCAAAAUCUGUUUCUAGCCCAAGAACAAGUUCGAUAAUUAUAGAUGAUACACGAGAAUUUGACGACUCUAACAAGAGAAAUUCGAUCAUUAUUGAUGAUGAUAAGCCAGCCGUCCAACCUACUACCGAUAACGAUGAACUAUCCAAGUUCGUCUCUUAUUACAAAAAAUUUAAAGAAUCCGAGAAGCAAGAUCAAUCAUCAAGAACGAACCCUUCUACAACUCAUUCAUCUCCCACUCCUACCUAUAGAUCACAAAAACGCAAAUUAUCAGAUUUAUGUAAUUUAGAAGAAUCCAAUAACGAUCCUGAUAACGAUCCUAACGAUCUUGCUAACGAUCCUGGUAACGAUCCUGGUAAUGAUCCUAGUAACGAUCCUAGUAACGAUCCUGGUAAUGAUCCUGGUAAUGAUCCUGGUAAUAAUCCUUUCAGAUUAGAAUGUACAUACGAUAGAAAAGGAAGUGGUAGAGGUGGGAAAGGCGGGAGAGGCGGGAGAGGCGGAAGAGGUGGAAGAGGUCAAAAGGCCAAAAAAUAAAGCUUCCAUUAAUCACAAUACCACCAUUUUGC